AUGCUCAACGUCAUCGUCGCUGCACCUGCGCCCUUUGGCACGCUGUGUCUCCCUAUCGAUGAUGAUGUGACGAGCGGCGAGUUGGCAGUCCAACUGUCUGCUCUCUGUCCAAUCGAUCAGCAAUAUCUCUCUACCGUCAGCGGACAAAGUCUGGCUCAGGCCAACAUUUCUCUGUCUGCAUGCGCCAACGGAUCCUCUUCAUUGCGAGUCCGACUGGCAGUGAGGCUACCGGGAGGCAAGGGAGGGUUCGGCAGCCAGCUUCGUGCUGCUGGCGGUCGCAUGAACUCGGGCAAAAAGUCCUCCAAUGAUGCCUGCCGUGAUCUCAAUGGACGCCGGUUGAGCACCAUCAAGGAAGCCAAAAAGCUACAGACAUACUUGCAAGAGGCGCCUCAGAGAGAAGCCGCGCAAGCUGAGCAAGCCCGUAAGAAGCUCGAGGAACUCCAGAAGGAGAUCGAGAGGCUCGAAUCUGAUGUUGACGGCUCGAGCAAGAAGCGCCGGUUUGACGACUCUGAGUAUACCGAAAAGAGUCGCGAGAUUGUGGACAACGUGAGAGGCGCAGUCGCGGCAGCUAUGCUGAAGCGCAAGAAGCACAAGAAGACAGAAAGCGUCACCGCUCAAGCGGGUCCCAUCGCUUCAAGCUCAAAGACGCCCGUCGCCGUUUAG